CGAGUUUAGGGUUUAUAGAAUUAGGGUUUAUCAGGAAUGGGGCGGUGCCCGAAUCACAAGAAGCCGGCGAAGAAGAAAUACUCCCACAAGAGCGCGCGGCGGGCCAAAUUCCUGGUCAAGGGCGAUGAUAUGAUCUAUUCGGAGGUGAAGAAUUUGGAGUCGUCUAUGGACGAAGGGGCGCCCGCGCGAGCUCGAGACGAGGAUCUCCCUGGAAUGGGGCAGUUCUACUGCUUGCAUUGCGACCGGUAUUUCUCGUCGUCUUCCAUCAUGGAAGAGCAUUUUAAGACCAAACGGCAUAAGAAAAGAGUGAAGGCCAUGCAAGGCCCAGCUCCACAUUGUCAACUAGACGCGGAACUCGCGGCUGGGCAGGGCAAACCGGAUAACGGGCCAAAGCUCGGAGUUGUAUCCUCGUAAGAAACUUCUGAAUUCUCACUAACUCUUUUGCAAACCAUACGCUUGCAUUGAAAUUUUUCUCGCAAUGAGGAAUCAAAGGCCGGUCUGAAAGCCACCCUGCAGCAGCAGCUGCUAGAAGGA